AAUUACCAGAUGUAAAAAGCUAACAUUUGGCUAUAAAUAAAUUACACCAUGGUUGUCUGAAUUCAACAUCAGCACCACAACAAGGCUCUCAAGCUGCGUUUGACGUGAUAAUGUUUUGUAGCUUAUUUAGCUACUUGUUAGCUUUUUUAAGACACUUACAAGCUUUAAAUUUUACGAGUAUGGCAUAAUUUACACCCUAGAUCAAAACAUUACAUUAUCUAAAACUUAUUCUAGACCUUGUUUCUGGCAUCUUAUUAAAAACACAUUAAAAAACCCUUUGACUUUGAGACAAUAGAACUGGAAGUGCAAAAAUAGGAACUAAAUCUCUGGUUUUAGGACUCAAUCUUGCAUUCUUUACUUUUGAGUUUGUUGCAAUAAAUGGCGUGUUCCCUUACAAUAAAUGCUACAUUACCCCACAUUCAUUUUUGAGUUUCUUUGCAAUACAGUGCAAAGUUAGCCUAAUUUAGCCUACAGCUUUUCUUAGCAACUUUUUCUCAGUUUAACAUGCAGAUGCUACUGUUAACCACAAUUUAAAAUAAAAAUAAAAAUGCAAAGCUGUCUAAGACACAAAUUAUGGAUUGGCAAGUGUUAUGCUAGCUAAUGUUAGCCAUGUUAGCUAUUACAAACAAAAAACACACAAAAAACAAUUCCUACCUUUGCACUUGGAGAUGUCAUAGCCUAUAUAAUUUUGUAUCAUAUUGACUGAGGUAAAAGAUAUCUUUGAAUCAUGUCACUUGGUUAGGUUGCCGCAAAGCCGCAACAUUAGCUAAACCUAGCUAGCUAGGUAAAACUUUGAGCUAAACUCAGUUUUGUGAGGAACUCAGGGACGCUAACAAGUAAAUUAAUUUGUUUUAUUUCUUCUGCACUGUCAAAAAAUACUGUAUUUUAAAAAAAAAUUUUAAGCAGCAGGUGUCCCUUUUUCCUGUUCUUCAAUUAUUUGUCGUGUGGGAAACCUCGACUGGACUACAUCUUUUGUAGGUCAGCCGCCUACAUAUCCCAGAAUUCCAAGCCAUUGUUUAUUUGAACUGAACCUCCGCUGCCAUCUCUGAGCACCUUGCUGCCCAGUGUAAUUUACAGUAAUGCAGCUGUUUCAGUCUUUAUUCGUUUGCUUUAAAAUGAAUGAUAUGUUUGGCUGAAUCUACGUGGUUAACGGAGAGGAGAGCGGUAACAUGAAAUGGAGAUCACUCGGACCAGACCGUCCCUGUAUGGAGAAAUCGCUCAUGGUCUUGGAUUCUGGACAGACCGUUCAGCAGUGCAUGAGGCCGCUGCACAGGGGAGGGCCCUCCAGCUGCAGCAGUUGAUUGAGGGAGGAGCAGCGGUGAACAUCGUGGCGGUCGACUCCAUCACACCCCUGCAUGAGGCGUGUAUACAGGGACAGACUCAAUGUGUCAGACUGCUGCUGGAUGCUGGUGCACAGGUGGAUGCCCGUAAUAUUGACGGCAGCACUCCGCUGUGUGAUGCCUGUGCAGCCGGUAGCCUUGAAUGUGUCAAGCUCCUUCUGGAGUAUGGAGCAACAGUUAAUCCUCCGCUGUUUACCUUCUCACCGCUUCAUGAGGCCUGCAUGGGAGGGAAUUCAGAUUGUGUUCAGCUCAUGAUUGAUCAAGGAGCUUUCAUGGAGGCGCACGACUGCCACUAUGGGACACCGCUCCACGUAGCCUGUGCGAGGCAACAUUAUGACUGCGCCAAAGUCCUCCUGCGUGCAGGAGCAAAUGUGAAUGCUGCCAAGCUCCAUGAGACGGCCCUCCAUCAUGCCGCCAAAACAAAGAGCGUUAACUUGAUCGAUCUACUUGUGGAGUUUGGGGGGAACGUGUACGCCAGAGAUAACCUGAACAAAAAACCCAUCCACUACACCAGUCGGGGAUCUCCUGCUUAUCUCUGCCUUGAGUUCUAUGAGAAUACUCCUCUCACUCUACAGCAGAUCAGCAGAGUGGCUGUGAGAGGGGCUCUCGGCACAAGAGCACGUGAAGUUGUUUCCAAGCUUGGCUUGCCCAAUCGCAUUAUAACUUUUCUCUCUUACAUGCCGCCUCCCGUUAUUGAAAUUGAAUCACCUGUAGAAAACUUAAGCAGCCCGUCGAAGGUUAAUUCUAGACCAGUUUUGUCUGCUGACUCUGUAGAUCUCUCUCCGGAAAGCCAAACAACAGGAUGAUGAUGUUGGCAGAAGUGCAGCACAGAUGAAAUGUCUUAACUCUGCCGCACUAAUAAGGUGCAGAGAUAUUGUUUACCCAAGCAAAUUUGACAGUGUUGAUUUACAUGUACUAUCAAUUUAUUACUAUUUUUUCGGCUAAUCUCUAAGCACAGACAAACAGCUGUCUUUUUACAGAUUCAUGAAAAGGGGGCAUCCCACUGGUGUCAUGUUAAAGCCUCCCGAUGAAGUCCAGUAUUAACUUGCAUUUACCUCUAGUUUGGUCACCUAACUCCUGAGGAAAAUAUCUUCACCACCCACGUAUUUAUGUCAACUCUGCUGUUUCUCUUUAGCAGUUCGCAAGAAAGUAGCUGCUCCUGGUGGUUAAGAGAGAUGAGACACAACCAUCUUUGUGACGGCCAAAAGACGACUGGCAAUUAAAGGCCAUGCACACCCAUAAUUAACCUCACCUGUGUGUCCACAGGUGAUGCUAAUCAUUUUCACUGAUUAGACCUCCCCCCAGGACUGUGUGGGCAUGUGCAGACUGCCUGUCAAACACCUUAUUGUUACUACACCAAGUCUAAUGACCUGAAAUAACUUCCAGCAGAGCUCAGCCCACCUCAUACUGAGUGGCCACACCCAUGUAGGUGUGUAUGUUUUGUACCAGUGAAUUUCCAGAAGCUUUGGCACUACAACAAUUUCACAUUACUUGGAAUCAUUUGAGUCAGUGUUUAUACCAAGAGUAUUGCUUUAUGGGGCUCAAAAUAUAUAAACGUGAACUUGCUCAUCCAAGUGAAUGUAAAUGUAAGACUGUCAUUUCAUCAUCAUCAUCAUCAACACUUACCUGAACCCAGAGGAAACAUGAAGUAGCUUGAUUACUAGGAUUGUAUCACUGUAUGUAUUUGUAUAUAUGUUAUGUAUUUAUUUUUAAUGUAAAUUUGUAAAUAAUACAGAUGGUUCUACCUCCUAUUACAUUUGUGUAAAUAAAUAGACCACUACAGGACUAUUUUAAAAAUAA